CGACUCGCUAGACUCGAGGCGCGGAGUCUCUAGUCUCAACUGGCGCGCGACUGCAUCCUGCUCUCUCACCAGCGGAGGAGCAGAGCAGCAAGCGGUGGCGAUGGAGGAGGAGCAGCUGCGCGCGCUGCUCCGCGACCUGGACGCGCUCAAGCAACGCCCUGAUCCGGCCUCCAUCGACCGGAUGCGAGACCGGGUGGUGGCGAUGAUGAACCCGACCGCCGGCGCCCGAUCCAAGAUCAAGGACAUGAGCGCGGAGGUGGUGGACAGCAACCCCUACAGCAGGCUCAUGGCGCUGCAGCGUAUGGGCGUCGUCGAGAAUUACGAGCGCAUCCGGGACUAUUCCGUCGCCAUUGUUGGAAUAGGUGGUGUUGGUAGUGUCGCUGCAGAGAUGCUCACUAGAUGUGGGAUUGGACGCCUCUUGUUGUACGACUACGAUACAGUCGAGUUGGCUAACAUGAAUAGGUUGUUCUUUCGUCCAGACCAGGUUGGAAUGACCAAAACAGAUGCCGCUGUACAGACACUUUCUGGAAUAAAUCCCGAUGUUGUGUUGGAGAGCUACUCAUUGAAUAUUACUACAGUCAAAGGAUUUGAAACAUUUUUGGCAAGUCUAAAAGCACAGAGCUCUCAUGACUGUAGCACUGGAGUUGAUCUUGUCUUGAGCUGUGUUGAUAACUAUGAAGCUCGCAUGGUUGUAAACCAGGCAUGCAAUGAGCUUGGUCAGACGUGGAUGGAGUCUGGUGUCUCGGAAGAUGCUGUUUCAGGUCAUAUACAACUGCUGGUUCCUGGUGAAACUGCAUGUUUUGCAUGUGCUCCUCCAUUGGUUGUAGCAUCUGGAGUGGACGAGCGUACACUUAAAAGAGAAGGUGUUUGUGCUGCCUCUUUGCCAACUACAAUGGGCGUUGUUGCUGGUCUCCUGGUCCAGAAUUCUUUGAAAUAUCUAUUGAAGUUUGGACAAGUUUCCCCUUACUUGGGAUACAAUUCACUUAAGGAUUAUUUCCCAACAAUGGAAAUGAGACCAAAUCCGCAAUGUUCGAAUCCAGCAUGUGUUCAGAGACAGAAAGAAUAUAUGGAAGCUAAACCUGCUAGAGAUGCAGCUGCAAAGGCUAAGAUGGAAGCUGAAACACCAGAAGCAAAUGAAUGCCCUGUCCACCUUGAUAACGAGUGGAACAUUAGUGUUGUUGAUGAUGAUGACACAGCGACAUUAAGCAUUCGAAGCACUGCAGAUAUCCUACCAGAAGGCCUUGUCCGUGAGCUUCCAGCUGCUGAUUUCUAUCCAGAACAACCUGCUCCAGUGAGCUCCAGUGCUAUUGAUGAUGACCUUGAGGAGCUCCAGCGGCAACUUGAUGCCCUAAACUCGUCUUAGCCUUAGUCAACUGGUGCGUCAGCGUUCUCUCGGCCUUCCCCAAAAACCAACUUGGAUGCGGAAACUGAGUUCACAUAUUAUUGUUUGUCUGUUCUAACAGAGUUAGUAAUUUCGCUGGACAUAUCCUUCACUGAUUGUACUGGGUACAAAAUUUAUUAGUUAUACUUUUUGAGUUUUGACAUACAGUUUUGGUUGAGAGAAUGUACAUUUCGGAGGUGAGGAAUUAAUCCGUUACUAAUA